UGAACUUACAAGGUGCCGUUAGUUUAGUUAGCAAUUAGAUAAACGCUAACGUUACUUUGACGAUUUGCAGAACUAUUACGUUAACGUUUUAAGCCGGUGUCUCAUCGGAGACCGCCGUAUUGAGAUCAAAUUGAAUGUCAUGGUUUCCAGGAACCAUGUCUUGUAAGUCCAAAGUUGCUCCGAGUGUUGACUUCGAUCACAGUUGCUCGGACAGUGUCGAAUACCUGACACUCAACUUUGGUCCUUUCGAAACUGUCCAUCGUUGGAGACGACUUCCACCCUGCGACGAAUUUGUUGGGGCAAGACGCAGUAAGCAUACGGUGGUGGCAUACAGGGAUGCAAUCUACGUGUUUGGAGGAGAUAAUGGAAAGAACAUGCUGAAUGACCUAUUGCGUUUCGACGUGAAAGACUGCUCAUGGUGCAGGGCCUUCACCACUGGCACCCCACCGGCACCAAGAUAUCAUCAUUCUGCUGUUGUUUAUGGGAGCAGUAUGUUUGUUUUUGGUGGCUACACUGGUGACAUUUAUUCCAACUCCAACCUGAAAAACAAGAACGACCUCUUUGAGUACAAAUUUGCCACUGGACAGUGGACUGAGUGGAAGGUAGAAGGCAGAUUGGUGGCAAGGUCAGCCCAUGGUGCCACAGUGUAUAAUGACAAACUCUGGAUCUUUGCUGGAUAUGAUGGCAACGCCAGGUUGAAUGAUAUGUGGACUAUUGGCCUGCAAGAUAGAGACCAGGCUUGUUGGGUAGAGAUUGAGCAGAGUGGCGAAAUCCCCCCCUCCUGCUGUAACUUCCCAGUGGCCGUGUGCCAGGACAAGAUGUUCGUCUUCUCAGGACAGAGUGGAGCCAAGAUCACCAACAACCUCUUCCAGUUUGAGUUCAAAGGUCACAUAUGGACUCGCAUUCCCACUGAGCACCUGCUCCGAGGCUCGCCGCCUCCUCCGCAGCGGCGGUACGGCCACACCAUGGUGGCCUUCGACCGCCACCUGUACGUGUUCGGAGGCGCGGCGGACAACACCCUGCCCAACGAGCUGCACUGCUACGACGUGGACUCCCAGACAUGGGAGGUCAUCCAUCCCAGCGCUGAUAGCGAGAUGCCAAGUGGCAGGCUCUUCCACGCUGCAGCUGUUAUCCACGAUGCCAUGUACAUCUUUGGUGGGACGGUAGACAACAACGUGCGCAGCGGGGAGAUGUACCGAUUCCAGUUCUCCUGCUACCCCAAAUGCACCCUCCACGAGGACUAUGGCAAACUGUUUGAGAAUCGACAGUUUUGUGAUGUGGUGUUCAUCUUAGGAGAGAGAGAGGAGAAAGUCUUGGGUCACAUUGCCAUAGUCACCGCACGAUGCCAGUGGCUGAAGAAGAAGAUCCUACAAGCAAGGGACCGUCAGAAGCAGAAAUGCAAGCAGGAGGUUGCCGAGGAAGGGGAGGAGGCAGCAGCAGCAGCAGCAGGUGCCCAGAAGUCCAGCCCAGCCAGCAGCACCUCCAUCAUCAGCAGCAGCAGCAGCACCAGCACGUCUAACACCACCACCACCCGCACUACUAACACCACCACCACCGGCACUACUAACGCCACCAGCCGGCCCUGCGGGUCUCAGCCGAUGCUGGAGGUCUCCAUCCGGGAGGCCGAGGCGCAGCCGUUUGAGGUGCUGAUGCAGUUCCUGUACACGGACAAGAUCCAGUAUCCACGCAGAGGUCACGUGCAGGACGUGCUGUUGAUCAUGGACGUGUACAAACUUGCCCUGAGUUUCAAGCUCUCUCGGCUGGAGCAGCUGUGUGUGCAGUACAUCGAGGCCUCUGUGGAUUUGCAGAACGUCCUGGGCGUGUGCGAGAACGCCAACAAGCUGCAGCUGGACCAGCUGAAGGAGCAUUGCCUUAACUUUGUAGUGAAGGAGUCGCACUUUAACCAGGUCAUCAUGACCAAAGAGUUUGAGCACUUGUCCACUGCUCUUAUUGUGGAAAUAGUGCGCAGGAAACAGCAGCCACCUCCCAGAAUCUACUCCGAUCAGCCUGUGGAUAUAGUAGGAGCUUGUGACACGAGUGCUGUACUGUUUUGGCUUGGCUCAGGCACGUCCCUGGUGCAGGACAUGAAGGCUUAUCUGGAAGGAGCCGGCCGGGAGUUCUGUGACAUCACCCUCCUCUUGGAUGGGCAACCGCGUCCGGCGCACCAAGCCAUUCUUGCGGCUCGCUCCAGCUACUUCGAGGCCAUGUUCCGCUCAUUCAUGCCUGAGGACGGCCAGGUGAAUAUCUCCAUCGGGGAGAUGGUUCCUAGCAAGCAGGCCUUUGAGUCCAUGCUACGCUACAUCUACUAUGGAGACGUCAACAUGCCCCCCGAAGACUCACUCUACCUGUUUGCGGCCCCCUACUACUACGGGUUCUCCAACAACAGACUGCAGGCCUACUGCAAGCAGAACCUGGAGAUGAACGUCACGGUGGAGAACGUGCUACAGAUCCUGGAGGCUGCAGAUAAGACUCAGGCGCUGGACAUGAAGAAGCACUGCCUGCACAUCAUUGUCCAUCAGUUCAUCAAGGUGUCUCAGCUGCCCAACCUGCGCUCUCUGAGCCAGGUCCUGCUGCUGGACAUCAUCGACUCGCUGGCCGCCCAUAUAUCAGACAAACAGUGUGCCGAGAUGGGCUCCGACAUUUAGAUACGGACCCGCUCCCCUCCCCUCUACUCCGUCCCGUUUUGCCACUUUCAUUUUCACACUUGAGGUUUUUUUCCCCUUAAAAUCCUUCUGUUGCUGCUCCCUGUUGGGCAUGCUCUUUCUCGCGUGUCUGGUCUUUAAGCACCUCAUGGGGGUCCUGCUGCCCGUUUGGGUCGUGCCAUAGCGGGAGGUCUGUCAGGGGGUGCCUGGCCAGAGGUGUCAUGUGGAGACCGUGGAAGACACAGGCUCAGGCAGGGAAGCCCCAAGCAGCCACGGUCCAGCUGAGCAGCACAGAGGGCCGGUAUACUAGUGAGUGCUGUAGGCUUCAGUGCUCCAGCCCUGCGCAGAGACAUGUCCUCACAUUUAGCCACUCUCCUCAAUGGUCUCCUCACAGAUUAGCUUUAUCUACCAUAAUGUUCCUAAAGGCGAGAGUGUGUGUGUGACUCUGUCGAGUCCCAGUUCAAGGUGAAUUCUGCAGGUUUUUGUUUGUUGUGAAGAAGGCUUCAGGACCUGUGGUGUAGUGCUAAGGACACCAGGGAAAGAGUGGUUCUCAAGAUUUCCACGCUUAACCACGCGUCUUAUGUUUGUGUGUUCGGUGCAUUUUUGUUUGAUUGUCAAUAAAGGAAAGUAUGGCUGAAUGACAAAGAAACACUGGAGAGGAAAAAUGCAUUUUGGAUGCAUACAAUACUCAGUAAUACUCUUCAGAGAACACUUAGUGCCUUUAGCAUUACACCAUAGUUAAGAGGAAGUUGUAUUUUCCAAAUGCAAAAAACUAUGGACUAUAUGUGUUAUAGAAAAGUAAUGGUUAGUCUGCUUUCUUCAGAAAAGCUGAAUAUUACCCAGUAGUUAUGCCAUUUUACUGUAUUUAUUCAGAUCCAUAUACAAGUCUCUUAUUGAUAUAGGCUUUAAUGGUUUGGUGUCGUGUUACAGUAUCGUUUAAGGCUUUAAGCCUUGCACUGUAAUGUCAGAUAUCUGAAGGCAGAAGCAUCCUAAAGAUGACACUUUUUUUUUUUAAUCAUGUAAAUUUAACCUGUGAAAACACAGUAAAUGUAAAUAUAAUCAAUAUUGUGUGGUCCCUGCGUAUAAACCAAUGUACAGCUUUGCUACCAUUUAUUUGUUUUGUAGUCAAAUCUGCUCCAUUAUUAUUCCUGUUACAGAACUGUGUACAUGGCUCUGUGUGCUCAAUGCCUUAAUAAACCAUUACUGUCACCGUCA